UAUCAACUAUUUCCUCAUCUAAAGAAACUAUAUCCCCUUAAAAUGCUUCAAAAUUUCCUCCAACACCAACAACAACAACAAAAUUCCCAACAUUCAUCUCAACAAAGAAUAGAAAAUAAUACAGAAAGCCAACAACAACAACAGUUGGAUGAAUUCAUAAUUGAUGAAAUACUUUCUCUUGAAGGGGAACAACAAGCUAAUAAUCGACAGAAUAAUUAUAUCUGUCCAACAUCUAUUCAACAACAACAACAUUCAAGUCGGCCAAUUCCUUUGUCAACAGCUUGUAGCCGAGAUUCUUCUAAUGCCUCAAUUCAAAGCGGUUCCCCAGGCUUUCAAACAGCCGGAGGUGGUGGUUUUGCUUUGUACAGUCCCAAAAAUGAUAACGAUUUCCGUCAAAUUAUAUCUUCAAGUGCACCAACCUCAUGUGAAAUCGAGAAUUUUAUUAGAAGAGGCGUUGCUGGUGUUUCUACAAGCGGCAGUGGUCCUGCUGCUGUAAAUGGAAGAGGAUCGCAAGCAGUUACUCGCGAUUUGAAUAUGACAGAGGUUGAAAUAUACAAGGAUAGACGUAAAAAGGAUAUUCACAAUAUGAUUGAAAGAAGAAGAAGAUAUAAUAUUAACGAUAGAAUUAAAGAAUUGGGUUUAAUGCUUCCAAAAUCGACUGCUGAAGAAAUGAAAUUAAAUAAAGGUACAAUUCUUAAAGCUUCUUGUGAUUAUAUUAGACAAUUACAAAAAGAUAGAGAAAUUAUGAUUAGACAUCAACAAAAAACUUCAAGAUUGGAAGAACUUGCUAAACAAUAUUUUCAAAGAAUUCAAGAUUUGGAAAAUCAACUUGAGAAAAACGGUAUUAAUGUACCUCCAUGUAAAUUACCAGCACCCAAUGCCUUAUCACCACCAAUUUGCCUUCCAUCUUCUACACAACAUGGAAAAUGUAUAAAACAAGAACCUUCUGAGGAAUUAAUUGGAAAUUUUUCUCCUUCGAGCACUCCACAGGCAAAAAUAGCCUGUAGUCUUCAAGAAAUGCAAAUAGCCAGUCCAACAUCAAGUCACGCGUCUCUCCUAAAAAUGUCAAGUAUUCAACAGCAAUUUGCCCAUCAUUCCCCAGCAGCUUUUAUAAUUGGGAGUGCUCCAACAGAAAUGGCUAAUUAUUUAAAUCAGCAUGUUCUAGCCAACAAUAAUUCGAAUAACACAACGCCAAAUACUUUAAAUUUAUUACAACAACAACCUAUGGAAUUUGGUUCUAAUAUGUCAAAUUGGAAUGCACAAACACAGUUGGGACAAAUAUUUAAUUCUGGGAAUUAUGGGGAGUUGAAUAUGGAAGAAUUUGCUUUUCAACAUAGAGGACCACUACAAGGUCAAGACCCAUUAAUGUCUCAACAUGGAGGAAGUUUAUCCAAUCAAUUAUCGCCAGUUAUCCAAUGGGAUCAAUCAAGUUUCUCUCCUGGCCAUGAAACUAAUCAUUAA